UGCUAUGCAGCGGCGGGGAUGGCGAACCGCGGAGCCCGGGCGGUGACGCUAGCAGCGGUUCCGCCAUUGGAUGAGGCGACCUGAGGGACGGGCCAGCGUGGUGAACAAGAAGAGGCCGAGGUGUGAGGCCCCGAGAGAGCGAGGGCAAUGGAGGCCAACAUGCCGAAGCGGAAGGAGCCUGGCAAGUCCCUGCGCAUCAAAGUCAUCUCCAUGGGCAACGCUGAAGUGGGAAAAAGCUGUAUUAUAAAGCGGUACUGUGAGAAAAGAUUUGUGUCUAAAUACCUUGCAACAAUUGGAAUUGACUAUGGAGUCACAAAGGUACAAAUCAGAGACAGAGAAAUCAAAGUUAACAUCUUUGAUAUGGCUGGACAUCCGUUCUUCUACGAGGUUCGUAAUGAGUUUUACAAGGACACACAGGGUGUGAUACUGGUCUAUGAUGUUGGGCAGAAAGACUCCUUUGAUGCCCUUGAUGCGUGGCUGGCAGAAAUGAAGCAAGAUCUUGGACCUCACGGAAACAUGGAAAAUAUUGUAUUUGUAGUGUGUGCCAACAAGAUCGACUGUACCAAGCACCGCUGUGUUGAUGAAAGUGAAGGGCGUCUCUGGGCCGAAAGCAAAGGGUUCCUGUACUUUGAAACUUCAGCACAAACUGGAGAGGGAAUUAAUGAGAUGUUCCAGACCUUUUAUGCAUCCAUAGUCGAUUUAUGUGACAAUGGUGGGAAACGUCCUAUCACAAAUAGCAGUGCUAGUUUCACCAAAGAACAAGCAGACACCAUUCGCAGAAUUCGGAAUAGCAAAGACAGUUGGGACAUGUUGGGAGUCAAACCUGGGGCCUCAAGGGACGAAGUCAAUAAAGCCUAUCGGAAACUGGCUGUGCUACUGCACCCUGACAAGUGUGUGGCGCCCGGCAGUGAAGAUGCCUUCAAAGCGGUUGUGAAUGCCCGGACAGCCCUCCUGAAAAACAUCAAGUAGGAAGUGGAAAAACAGACGAGUGAGGGGCUCCGUACAAACUGACUUUCCCUGGAGGUAAAGCAGCCAACAUGGAUUUUCCUCCACAGAAUCUCACUGCUCUUUUCACUCAUGUUGUCAUCGGCGAAUCAGUAGGCCAGGUGCCUGUUACCAUUUCACAGAGGGAGGAGGUGCAGAGAACCAAGUGCCACCUGUACACCAUAGCUCAUUCCACAUUUCCAGAGGGAAAUCAGUGCUCCGUCAACCCCUCACUCAGGAAAGUCCAUGAGGCUACUGGAGGGGGGAGGACAGGAGGACCCUUUCACCUU